AUGGCAUAUAAAUUUAUUCUGGGUCGUCACAUAAAAUCAAUUCUUAAUGAUGUUGAAGACCAACAAAAGAAGGACAUCAAAGAUUUUGCUGGGGGACACCUCAACGAAUCUUGGGCCAGUGCUUAUAAAGAAACAGUUGACUUAACUAAGCCAAUGAAACCUCAACAUCAAGGUCAGGUCUCAAGAAAAGAGCGGUCAGCAAAGGAUGUAUUAUAUGACUUUGCACUUGGUCCAUCAGGAGUCAUACCCAGUAGUCAGGGCAAUGCAGGCAAAAUGCCAGAGAUUCGUUACAAGUUUAUGAAAGACUCAGAGACAGAUGAAAAAAAAACUCCUAGACAGAAGAGUGCUGGGUCACUUUAUUCUGAGCUUGACGAUGGAGUUCUUGUGGAAGAGAUACCGCUUCAUGAACUGACAAAACUGGAUCAUCAUGUGCAUCAGAAAACUUCUCUGAAUCACGCUGGCCAUAACUGGUCAUCUUAUGAGAGAAAGAUCAUGAUUUCAUCACCAGCUUCCUUUUCAGCUAGAAGAACACAGCUAGAAUUACCUGCCCUGCAUAGACAUUCAGUUUCAUCAACAAAUUCUCACAACAUCAUAAGAACAACAGAUCACAACAGAAGCAUGAAACCAGGUGAUGCCAAAGUUUUGCAGAAAAUUGUUGCUCAUGAAAACCUGAAAGCUCUGUCAGGGGAGAGAAAUGCAACACAUUUUAGGCAGACUCUUCAGCAAGAGUUUGAAUCAACGAACCUGAACAAUGCUGACACUCUCCCCCAAGACCUGGAGGUAGCAAGCAGUGUCUUGGAUGACAUUAUACGAGAGUCCCCAACUUUCAGUUAUAUCCUGCAUUGUGUUAAGACUGAGUAUGACAACUACAUCAUCAAACUUCUGAAGAAUCGACAGCCUCAUCCAGAUCAUCUUCGCAGUCAGAUUGACCAGCUGAUUUCUGGAGGCACCUCAGACCCCCAGAAGAUGGCUGCAGCCAGGCAAAGACUACAGUCACUUGAAGCAGACGCCAAACAUGCAUUACAUUUGAAUCAAAGAUUAAAAGAGCAAGUGAAAUCAGAACUGGACAUCUUAAACAAGAGUCAGGAAAUGCCAGCAGUCAAAAAACCUGCAGUAGAUGGUAGUCAAGAAAAACAACAACCUGUUGAACUGUCCACUGCAUUAGAGCAUAUGAAGGCCUUGAUAUUAGAAAAGAUGGAUGAGCUGAAUGACCUCCGACAUCAAAUCAGAACAGAGUAUGUUUCUGUGACUGUGUGCACACAUCUGCAGCAAUGCAUCAAAGAGACUGAGGUUGAAGUUCAGAAACUCCUGAAACAGAAUGAAUAUUUUGAGCGAAGCAUUGCAGAGAUGGAGUCUGAAUUAGAGGAAGCAAUAGUACAAGCUGACACAAGUGAAAAAGAUGCAAGGAGAAUAUGGCGAAAAGUCAAUUCCACAAGAGGAGUUCCUGGGGUACAGAAGAGCAAAGAGACAGAAAAUGAUGAAGACAGUGAUGACGAGAGUAAAUGGAACUGGUAUAUUUCAUAA